AUGGACGACCCCCGCGGCGUCGAGUCGUCGGCGAUCAUGGUCGAGGCGGCCCCGGAGCCGCGGCGGCCGAGCAAGCGCCAGUCGCUGGUCCAGUUCUUCACAGGCGCCAAGGCCGAGGCUGCCCCGCCGAAGCGGCAUUCCAAGACGUCCGUGCUCGAGAUGUGGGGCGUCAUCGACGAGGCGGAGGCGCACAUGACGCGGCGGAAGCAGACGCACCGCACGUCCUUCUUCGUCCGCGAGCCCGGCGAGACGCCCGACUGGCUCGACGGGCGGCGCCUCAGCGUGCGGCACGAGCACGACCCGACGUUCAGCAUCGAGGACGACUUCGGCGAGGGCGGCGAGGACGACGUGCACAGUACGCGGCGGGCGCUGCCGCGGCACCUCCUGGACGACGGCUUCGUCAUCCCGUCCUUCGACGCGGCGGGGCUCGCGGACGUCUCCGAGGCGCCCGUCGGCCGGGGCAGCCAGGCGGCCGUGUUCCGGUGCCGCGUGCCCUUCGGCCGCCGCGCGGGCGAGACCUUCGCGCUCAAGGUGCUGCGCAAGGAGCUCGCCUUCCUCGACGACGAGUGCGCGGCCUUCGUGCGCGAGGUCCACUUCCUGGGGCGCAUCCGCCACGAGCACGUCUGCGAGACGCUCGGCUGCGGGACGACGAGGGACAACCUGCCCUGCCUCCUGCUGAGCUGGUGCGAGACGGACGUGACGCGGGCGCUGGAGCUGCGCGAGGUCGGCGGCGACGACGGCGCGGCCCGGCGCGUGCGGCUGGCCUGGCCGUCGCUGGAGCGGCUGCGGCUGCUCUCGGAGUUCGCGUCCGCGCUCGACUUCCUCCACAGCGGCGCGGCCAUCCCGGCGACCGUCGUGCUCCACCGGGACCUGAAGCCGGACAACCUGGGGCUGACGGACGCGGGCCAGCUGAAGCUGCUGGACUUUGGGCUGGCCGUCGCGCUGCGCAAGGACACGAACCGCGCGACGGGCCGCUACGAGCUCACGGGCGGCACGGGCUCGCGGCGCUACAUGGCGCCGGAGAUCUGCCGCGACCUGCCCUACGGCGUCGCCGCCAGAGUCGCCGCGGACGUCUACUCCUUCGCGGUGGUCGCCUUCGAGGUCGCGGCGCUCGCCGGGCGGCCGUUCCGCGAGUACAGCCGAAAAGAGCACGCGGCGCGCGUCGUCGAGCGCGGCGCGCGGCCCCCGAUCCCGCAGACGUGGAAGGCGCCCUUCCGCAGCCUGUUGGCCCAGGCCUGGCACCCGGACCAGGACGACCGGUGCACCAUGUCCCACGCGCGCGCCGUGCUCGACGGCGUCCUCGCCGUCGCCGGCGACGACGAGGACCCGCUCCUCCCGCCGCCGCCGGAGCGAGGCUGCGCCUGCGCCGUCAUGUAG